AUGAGUCUUGGAACGGUCUCAACAGCCUCAACAGCCUCAACUCCCUCAAAGUCCCAAAGGUCUAGGUCUGAAUCCUACAAAAGAUUAAACCAAGAAAAUGAUAUCUUGGGGGAAUAUUUUGAAGGCGAUAGAGAUGGUAGCUUAUACCAAAGAUUUAUACCAAGUCUUUAUGUCUAUUCCUCUCUACAUGGAUGUGUUGACCAGAUAAUACCUACUAACUAUAAGUUGCUGGAAAGUUCUAUUGGUCUUUCCCCAAAAUCUCUGGGAAUGCUAACUUUUGCCCAAAAAUUUACGCAAGGAAUAUCCACAAUCAUUAGUGGAAUAAUUUGUGAUAGGCAAAUAAAUGCUAUUAAUAGAGAAUUAGAUUAUCAACACAAAACCUUAAUUUCAUUAGAGGAAGGUGAGAAUAGAGUUGGGUUUAAGGGACUACAUGCAGGGAAUAUUGAGGGUAGGAACAUAAUAGGAGAAGAAACAGAUAGGGAAGAGGAGGAUGAUGUGGAGGAAUGCGGAGUUGGGAAUCUAUCAGGCAGAGAAGAGGCCUCAGAAGAAAGAAAACUCUUAAAAUAUUCAAAUAAUACUAGCUUUUUAACAGUUUGGCCUGCCUACCUUAUGAUGGUGACCACAACUGGAUGGGGUAUGGUACUGCUUUCAAUGAUAUUUGCUUCAAACUUUUUUCAAAUGCUCAUUUUGCUCUGCUUUAUGGGAAUGUUUUUGUCUCUUAUGGGCCCGCUUACACAAUCUGUUAUUGGAACAUUCAAUAACAUUGGUAGAAGUGAGUAUUUUGGGAACCUCUUUCUAUCACAAAACAUUGGAAGACUCUUAUGUAUUUCUGCCACUGCCAACAUUAUGGGUCAUUAUUUUGAUUUCACCUGGUUACUUCUCACUUUUUCUUUCCUCUCCUUUUUAUUUUCCAUUUUCUUAUACAAGUCAUGCAUUAAACAUGCAUUCCAACAAAAAGGCGGGAAGGGUUUAAGUAUGAUUAAUAUGUCAUAUACCGGCGAGCAUACAUAUUUUAUGUACAUAACUUUGCAGAUAAAAAGAAUAUUUAGUAAAUCGUCAUAUGAUAAGGUCAAAGAUUUUUUAAAUGAUUAUUCGUAUGUAAUAUCGAAUAAAAGUGCAUGGUUGAUGUUGAUAAUGGGUAUAGUGAAUGGAAUUCCAAGGCAUUCCCUAAAUUUUACAAUGAUGUGGUUGCAGUAUUGUGGGUUGAGCCCUUUAUUAGCAACAACAGUCUACUCCUCGAGUUGGAUUUCUGCAAUUUUGAUCUCCCCCUUUGUUGGGAAAGCUUCUGAUUACAUUGAGUCAAUUUAUCCUUGGAUUGGGAGACAAGCAUUGGCUCAAACUGCUAUUUUAUUAAGAAUUAUAUUUAUGGUCAUCCUUUUGAGGUACAUUCCAUGGGGUACUAAUUACUUUUUUUAUUACUUAAUAGUCAGUAUUUUAAUUGGAUUCAUGGCAGGUUGGCCAGGAGUUGGAGCAAGCAGACCUAUUCUUUGUCAAAUUGUUUUACCUCACCAUAGAGCCACAUUAUUUGCAAUAUUCUCAUUAUUCGAAACUAUUGGAUCCGCUAUUUUUGGUGCCCCUCUUGUUGGACUUUUAGCUCAGAAUUAUUUUGGCUAUGAUUCAUCUUUAAAAAAGGGGAUACGAGAAAUUAUAUUAUCUAAUAACACACAUGGUAUAAAGACUUUACAGCUGAAUGCAAAUGCCCUUGCUAAUUCCAUGCUUCUUAUGACUGUCAUCCCUUGGAUCCUAACUAUUACUCUAUUUGGAUUUUUGAGGCUAACCUACAAACAAGACCAAAAUGGAAAUAACCAGGCUGUCAAUUAA